AUGGAGAUUUUCGGUGUUUCAUUUUCAGAUCCAUCUUUUUCUUCUGAAACCUUUGAUAUGGUUGAAGAAAAAGGUGUGAAUUUUAUUGUUUCUUCCUUCAACGCUGUCACUGUCGCCGUCUCGCUUCGUACCCCUGUUGCCGUCUCCUCCGAGUUCGACCGGGAAGAGGACACCUUCAGCGACGAUGUAGAAACCCGCUCCUUCGCCCCUGACCACAAUGUCUUCGUCGGAAGCCUUCCUUUCAGCGUCGACGGUGCCCAGCUCGCUGAGCUCUUCCAAGACGCUGGAAACGUUGAAGAAGUUGAGAUGAAUUAUGAUAAAAUGACUGGAGAUAGUAUGGGAUUUGCUUUUGUGACUAUGUCUUCUGCUGCUGAAGCUGACGCAGCUGCUCAGCAGUUCAAUAACUAUGAACUUGAGGGAAGGCCAUUGAGAGUAAUUUCUGAACCACCACCACCUCCUAAAAACGAGAACCGGGGUUUUAAUGAGAAUCCUCGUUUUAGGAAUAAUUCUUUCAACAGAGGUGGUUCAUAUAGUUACAGAGGUGGUUCAGAUGGUUACAGAGGAGGUGGUUCUUCUUCAGAUAGCGAUUCUUCUUCAGAUAGCGAUUGA